AUGAGUGGAGAAUUGGACCUAGCACAUCUGGGAUCAAGGAGAGGCCCUGAUGCCACCGGAGCUGGGAGCACAAGGGAGCUGUGGGAAGCAACAGUGCAGAAGAGUGUGAAAGACGAUGUCCUCCCUCCAGAUGUGCAGCGCCAGCAAUUCAGGCACUUCUGCUACAAGGAUGCCCAGGGACCCCGAGAGGUCUGCAACCGACUCCACCGUCUCUGCAGUCAGUGGCUGAAGCCAGAGAGGUGCAGCAAGAAGGAGAUGCUGGACCUGGUGAUCCUGGAGCAGUUCCUGGCUGUCCUGCCCCCGGAGAUGGAGAGCUGGGUGAGGGAAUGCGGGCCGGAGACCAGUUCCCAGGCGGUGGCCCUGGCAGAAGGCUUCCUCCUUAGCCAGGUGGAGAACAAGGGUCAGGAGCAGCAGGUGCAGGAGGAGAUCACACAGGAGCAUUACCCUGGAGCAAGCUUUCCAGGUGGUGCCAUGAAAGCAGUGACAUCUUUUUCACCAUCACUUUGUGACAAAGCUGCUUCUGUGAACCCAGGUCAGGGUAUGGUGACCUUUGAGGAGGUGUCUGUUCAUUUCACUGAAGAGGAGUGGGCUCUGCUGGUUCCGGACCAAAGAAUCCUUCACAAGGAAGUCAUGGAGGACAAUCGUCAAAAUGUGGCCUCACUGGAGGUUGAUGGUCCCCAGAAUAAGUCCAAGGGAGAACUACAACAUUUCCUGUUGGAAGAAAAAGAGCAGAGAAGAAACACUAGAGAAGAAUGGAAGAGGGGAAUUGAAUCCACUUUUUCUCAGGGUGCUGAAUCUCAGGUCUUUGAUACACACUGGAGAAUCUGCACAACAGAAAAACCAUAUAAAUGCUUGGAGUGUGGGAAGAGCUUUGUUUGGAGUGCCAGUCUUACUGCUCAUCAGAAUAUGCAUACUGGGGAGAAACCAUUUAACUGUUUGGAGUGUGGGAAGAGUUUUGCUCGGAGUAACUACCUUACUGCCCAUCAACGAAUCCACUCAGGCGAGAAACCAUAUAAAUGCUUGGACUGUGGAAAGAGCUUUGUAUGGAGCACCAAUCUCACUGCCCAUCAGCAUACACACACUGAGGAAAAACCAUACAAAUGCUUAGUGUGUGGAAAGAGUUUUGCUUCAAAGGGAGCCUUUGCAGGCCAUCGGCUAAUCCACACAGGGGAGAAACCGUAUAAAUGCUUGGAGUGUGGAAAGUGUUUUGUUCGAAGUGACAACCUUAGUGCCCAUCGACGAAUUCAUACUGGAGAGAAACCAUAUAAAUGCUUGGAGUGUGGAAAGAGUUUCGCUCAGAGUGACAACCUUAGUGCCCAUCGACGAAUCCACUCAGGGGAGAAACCAUAUAAAUGCUUGGACUGUGAAAAGAGCUUUGCUCACAGACCCAGCUUAACUGCCCAUCAGCGUAGCCACACAGGGGAGAGACCAUAUAAAUGCUCAGACUGUGGAAAGAGCUUUGCUCGGAGAGAUAACCUCACUGCCCAUCGACGAAUCCACACAGGGGAGAAACCAUAUAAAUGCUUGGAGUGUGGAAAGAACUUUGCUCGGAGUUACAAUCUUAGUGCCCAUCGAAGAAUCCACACAGCAGAGAAACCUUACAAAUGCUUGGACUGUGGAAAGAGCUUUGUCCACAGUACCAGUGUUACUGCCCAUCGACGUAGUCACACAGGGGAGAAACCAUAUAAAUGCUCAGACUGUGGAAAGGGCUUUGCUCGAAGAGACAACCUCAGUUCCCAUCAACGAAUCCACACAGGGGAGAAACCAUAUAAAUGCUUAGAGUGUGGAAAGAGCUUUGCUUCAAAAGGAGCAUUUACUGGCCAUCAACGAAUCCACACAGGGGAGAAACCCUAUAAGUGCUUAGAGUGUGGAAAGAGCUUUGUUCGGCGUGACAACCUUACUGCCCAUUGGCAUAUGCACGCAGGGGAUAAACCAUAUAAAUGUUGGGAGUGUGGUAAGAGCUUUGGUCGGAGCGACACACUUUCUGCUCAUCAGCGCAUCCAUACAGGGGAGAAGCCAUUACAAAUCUUGACAUAUAAGAAGACACCCCUGAGCUUGAUAUUAAGGGGCAUCAUGAGACAUAAAAUGCUACCAGAGAAAGGGAAGACUCCCAGCACUGAUCUCCAGAGUCUGGGGGAAGAGAGGAGACAGACCACGGAGGAUCUGGAGAAAGAAGGCCAAGGAGAUCUUGAACCCAUGGUGGUGUCCAAGAGGGCCAGAAGAGACUCUUCUGAACUGAAGUCUGAGGACGAAGAGGAUUUUAUAAAUGUGGAGGUCCCAGAACAAGAUGGAGGUGAACCGAGUGAGAAGAGGUUGAGACCUCCAGGUUCUCCUGAGGUCCUGAAGGUUGCGCAGUCUCCAAACUGUGGAUGGAGAACACCACAACCAUCUGAAACGUGGGAUAAUACUAAAGCCAAACUGGCCUCCUUUGAGGGAGGUUCAGAGGCUUAUCCGAGGUUCAAGCGUCUGGCAGAUGUUGGUGGAGAAGCCAUUGAGGGAUACAGAAGAAUUGGGGCCAGAAACACGGAAGAUUACAAGAAGGUGAGGGAAGGACUCCUGAGGGAGGACUUAGUCACCAUGGAUGUGCAGCGGACACUCUUCAGGGAGUUCCGCUACCAGGAGGCCGAGGGGCCCCGUGAGGUCUGCAGCCGCCUCUGGUACCUCUGCCACCGUUGGCUGAAGCCUGAGAGGCACACCAAGGAGCAGAUCUUGGAGCUGGUGAUCCUGGAGCAGUUCCUGGCCAUCCUGCCCUCAGAACUCCAGAGCUGGGUCAAGGCAGGUUGCCCUCAGACAUGUGACCAGGCGGUGGCCCUGGCAGAAGACUUCCUGCCUCGACAGCGAGAAGCUGGGCAGAGGGAACAUGAGGGCCUGGCGCUGAUCCAGGAGAGGGCUUUGAAUUUCCCCGCUGCGGAGCGCCCUCUAUCGGCCAGGCAAGAGAAGCAGCUUUGCCUCACAGCCAAGCAAGAGGAUGAAGGCGAGAACUCAGAGGGCAACGAGUGGGUGAUUGAGAGCAGAGAGACAGAGUCUGAGCUGGAAAAUCCACGGCCCAUGAAGUUGCGCCGGGCAACCUGGGGAAGUACUGCCUGGCACCAUGAGGAUGCCGAGGCUGUAUCUAGUCAAGAUGGCCCUGAGAAGGAUGGAGAAAACUGCCUGGACCCCAAAGAGGUGAAAAUCUUUCCUUAUUUAGGAGAAGACGGGGACCAGACCCAACCGGUAGUCGUCAAGAGAAGGCGAAGGAGCCGGGGGAAGAAGACCUGCGGCGUGUGCGGGAAAACCUUCAGUCGGAGCACGGUGCUGGCCGCCCAUCAGAGGACCCACACGGGAGAGAAGCCCUUCAUGUGCCAGAACUGUGGGAAAUGCUUCAGCUUCAAAUCCACCCUGGUGGCCCACGAAAGGACCCACACAGGGGAGAGGCCCUACACGUGCGACCAGUGCGGGAAAAGUUUCACCGUCAGUUCCGUCCUCACCAGACACUACCGAGUCCACGUCGAGAAGGAACUUUUCCGCUGCUCGGAGUGCGACAAAACCUUCAGCCAGAAGUCGCAGCUCCUCAACCACCAGAAAAUCCACCUGCGGGAGAAGCCAUAUAAAUGCUCACAGUGCGGGGAAGGCUUCACCCGCAGCUCUAGCCUUAAGAAACACGAGGGCUCCCACACGGGAGAGAAGCCUUUCAAAUGCCCGGACUGCGAGAAAUCCUUCAACACCUCUUCCCAGCUGGUCAAGCAUCACCGCGUGCACACGGGAGAGAGGCCCUACACUUGCGCCGAGUGCGGGAAAAGCUUCAGCCAGUGGCAAAUCCUGAUGGUCCACCAGAGGACCCACACGGGGGAGAAGCCCUUCAAAUGCGCCACCUGCGGGAAAUGCUUCUCCGACCGAGCUGUCCACAUCCGGCACCAGAAAGUCCACACAGGGGAGAGGCCGCAUCUGUGCACGACCUGUGGGAAAAGGUUCACUCACCGCACAGUCUUGGUGAAGCAUCAGAAAAUCCACGCCAGAGAAGCUCUGAACAUGCUUCGGCUGGAAGAGGAACAGAAGCAGCAGCAGCCGCCAAAGGAAGUCCCGUGGUUACCAGAAGAAUGGAUAAAGGCCAGGGAGCAGAUGCAGGAACAAGGCCAAGGCAGCCUUGAAUGUGGAGUGGUAUCCAGCAGAGUAGCUACAGCAUCUCCUGAAUUCAACAGGAGGAAUGAACAGGAGUUUGUGAAGAGAGAGGCCUUAGAACAGGAGAUGAGCCAGCCAUGUGAGAGAUGGUCAAAACCUUUAGCAUCACCUGAGUUCCUCAAGCCGGUUCAGUUCCCUCAGCCAAGAUGGAAAAAUCCUCAGCUACCAGAACCUGCACCUUGGGAUAAUGCAAAGGCUUUUCUGGACUCCUUUGAGGGGAUGGCUGAUGUUUACCAGCAGUCCCAAGGGCUGGCAGACCUCAGUAGAGAAGUCCGAGGGGACUACAGAAAGAUGGAAGCCAGAAAUAUGAGGGAUUACUGGAACACAAGGGAAGUCCUCUUACAAGAGGGCUUGCUCACGACAGACAUGCAACAAACACUCUUCCGGGAGUUCCGCUACCAGGAGGCCGAGGGGCCCCGUGAGGUCUGCAGCCGCCUCUGGUACCUCUGCCACCGAUGGCUGAAGCCCGAGAGGCACACCAAGGAGCAGAUCCUGGAGUUGGUGAUUCUGGAGCAGUUCCUGGCCAUCCUGCCCCCGGAGAUCCAAGGCUGGGUGAAGAGGGGUUGUCCUCAGACUUGUGACCAGGCAGUAGCACUGGCAGAAGAUUUCCUGCGGAGACGUCAUGCAGCCAGGCAGCUGGACCAGAAGGGGCCAGGAUCGAUCCAGGAGGCAACUGUGAAUAUCCCUACCACAGAGAGCCCUUCAAGUGCCACUGGAAAGAAGCAGUUUGGUAUCAUUGCAAAGAAGGAGGGUGAUGGUGAGACCAGCGCAGAAGGUGAUGGAUGGAUGACAGAGAACAAGGAGGAUCAACCUCUACUACGAAAGCUUGUGGUAGUAGAAAAGCAUGGGAUACCUUUAGAAAAGUCCAUCUGGCGUCAAGAGGAUGAAGAGACUUCUACAACUCAGGGUGGCUCACAGAGGGAGAGGGAGAACUGCCUAGACUCAAGAGUGGGCGUUUUCUUUCCAUACUUUGAAGAAAGUGGGGAGCUGAACCAAACCAGAGUGGUAAAGAGGCGGCGGAGAAGCCGGGGGGCAAAGGUCUGCACCGUAUGCGGGAGAGGCUUCAGCCGGACCACCGUUCUCGUGGCGCAUCAGAGGACCCACACUGGAGAAAAACCCUUCAUGUGCAAGGACUGUGGGAAAUGCUUCAGCUUGAAAUCUACCCUGGUGGCGCACGAAAGGACCCACACGGGGGAGAGGCCCUACGCAUGCUCACAGUGCGGGAAGAGCUUCACGGUGAGCUCAGACCUGACGCGACACUACAGGAUCCAUAUCGGAGAGAAGCCGUUCAGCUGCUUGGAGUGCGACAAAAGCUUCAGCCGGAAGACGCAGCUCCUCAACCAUCACAAAGUGCACACGCGAGAGAAGCCGUACAAAUGCGCGCGGUGCGGCGAGAGCUUCAGCCGUAGCUCCAGCCUCAUGAUCCAUGAAGGGUCCCACACGGGAGAGAAACCGUUCAAAUGCCCGGAUUGCGACAAAUCCUUCAACACCUCCUCUCAGUUGGUUAAGCACCACCGUGUGCACACAGGGGAGAGACCGUAUACCUGCUCGGAAUGCGGGAAGAGCUUCAGCCAGAGGCAAAUCCUGAUGGUGCACCAGCGAAUCCACACAGGAGAGAAGCCCUUCAAAUGCGCCACCUGUGGGAAAUGCUUCUGUGACCGCGCAGUUCUUAUUAGACACCAGAAAGUCCACACAGGGGAGAGGCCGCAUCAGUGCACUACCUGCGGGAAAAGCUUUUCGCACCGUGCCGUCCUUGUUCGGCAUCAGAAAAUCCACACGAGGGAAACUCUGGGAGUGCUUAAACUAGACCAGGAGCCAUCUAAUGAACCCUUAUAAAAUCCUUUCUCCCAUGUUGUUGCCUUAACUCUCAGGGUGGGCAGAGAUGAGCCCAUGAUAUUUUACUGCAGUGUGUGUGAAUAAAAUUUGGGUCCAGUCACACCUUAAA